CUGAUAGUACAGAGAAAUGGAGAGCUGCAGGUUUUUGGAUCGAAUGAAAUAAUAAAAAGAAACAAACGAAACCAUGUCGACAGCAGAAGAGACGAUUAAGAUGAUUUUUGAUGAAACUUGGGAGAAGGCUGUGAGGAAUUCUUUAUUUUAGUGUGUAGUGUGUGUGUGUUAAUUCUAUAUAUACUAAUAAAUGUAUUUAUUAGCGCCUCUUUAGCAUUAGUGCCUCUUUAGCAUUAGCGUCCCUUUAGCAUUAGAGCCUCUAUCGUUAGAGCAUCUUUAGCAUUAGCGGUGCUUUAUCGUUAGCGGCGCUUUAGCAGUAGCUUCUCUUUAGCAUUAUCACCUUGUACCUGUGAGAAAGAGUAGUAACGUGGAUGUUAAACACAAAGUUGUAUUGUACUGAACAUGUUACAUGUUCUCUGGACGCACUGGUGUUGUGCUGGUAACUGAAAUAAACAAACGCAUGUUUUUGUUUGAGUAACAUGACGUCACAGGCGCGAGCGCUUAAAAAAUAACUUUCAUAGCUGCAGACAGAAAAAGGCGCAAAUGGAAACGAUGGCUUGUCUGAAAUGUGACUCACACUUUGUUGUGCAAAAACACGUUGGCAAGAAGAGAAAUCUGAUGGAUGUUCCUUGCGAAAGAACUGAGGAGCAGUUGGUUAAAAGGAGGAGAUCAGAGUUAGGAGAGAAGGACGUGGAGACCAUCAAGCCUGAGACCAAUGUAGAGCCAGCCUCCACUGUCACAAGGAGAGUCGGCGAGGAGAAUCCUUUGAAGAGAAAGUGCAUGGAUGUUUCUCAAGGACCUGAGUCCAGGCCUGAAGGGACAGCAAAAAGGAGGAGAACAGAGACAGAGGAGAACUAUAAGAAGAUGAAAGACAUGUUUUUAAAGCACUAUGCAGUGGGACGUCUGCUAGGACGUGGAGGCUGCGCUUCCGUCUACGCAGGGGUCCGGAAGUCAGAUGGGAAAAAGGUGGCGCUGAAGAUCAUGUCCAAGAUUCUAAAUGAUAAGUACAUCACAGUUCCCGGUGACACACGCAGACUCCCCGCUGAGGUAGCGAUUUUGGAACUCGUGUGUAAGCCGCCACGCUGUCCGUACGUGAUCGAACUGCUAGAAUGGAUCGAGACGCCCACAGGCAUCAUCAUCGUCUUGGAGAGGCCAGACCACUGUGUUGAUCUCUUCGAAUUCUGUAGGCGUGUGAACGUGACUGAAAAUAUGGCUAAAAUCAUCAUGCAGCAAGUCAUUCAGGCUGCACGUCACUGUCGUGCCCGGGGUGUGUUCCACCGUGACAUCAAGGAAGAAAAUAUUCUUAUCAACCCUCACACCCUUGAAGUCAAGCUCAUUGAUUUUGGCUGCGGUGAUCUACAUAAAGACACUCCCUACACUGAAUAUGAAGGCACUCCGACUUACUUCCCUCCUGAAUGGCUAACCAAAAGAAAGUAUGAGGCGGAACCCGCUACUGUCUGGGGUCUGGGCGUCCUCCUCUACAGCAUGCUGUGUGGACACAUGCCGUUUAACAGCCCACACCAGACUGUUUAUGGCCUCCAAUGUUUCCCAGAUCAUCUGUCUAUAACUUCCUGCAGUCUGAUCAACUGGUGUCUACAAAAAGACCCAAAAAGACGUCCAACACUAGAGCAGGUUAUUGCACACAGCUGGGUCCGAGAUUACACGGUUGCCCCCUGCUGCAGAGCCCCCCUGGUUCUAGGAGGAAUGACUCCAGUACUUCAAAUUCAUCAGCAAUUCAAAAGAAUUAUUGUUUAUACAAUUUAAUUACUCAUGUAUUAAAUUGUCUUUGUAAUAUGUUUUUAUUUUUGAUCAUUGUGACUUUGACUUUUGAUUAUUUUUUUUACUAUUGAUGAUUUUCUUUUCUUGAUUUUUGAUCAUUGGGUAAGAAAUAAAAAAGUGACACUUUACAAAUAACUUUACAUUACACUUGCAAAUAAAACCAAUGUAGUUUUGUCA